AUUGGAGAUGGCAUCCUUACCCCACAGGGCAUAGGGUAGUUAGAGUUGGUAUUUUUUCCUUUUUUUUUUUCGGCCGUGCUGCGUGGCUUGUGGAAUCUCAGUUUCCUGACCAGGCAUUGAACCGGGGCCACAGCAGUGAAAGCUCCAAGUCCUAACUACUAGACCACCAGGGAGCUCCCCAUUGUUUCCAUUCUAGAGAUGAAGGAAUUAUGGCUGAGGGUGGAGCCAUGCGCACAGGACCCCGCUCUGCGUGUCCUCACGCCCUUCCCCCACUCCCUCCCCGUGCCCGUCUGCUGCCCUCCAAGGCCUGCUGCUCACCGACAUCUGAGCGCCCCGCUACUGACCCGCAGCCCCUGCCCAAGAAGACCCUGACCAGGGCCCAGUCGCUGCCCACCCACAAGUCCCCCAGCCCCGGCCCCACUCGAGCAGGGCAGCCUCAGAAGCCCCUUCUGGGAUCCCGCAGUGUGCACGAGAGCCAGGCAGGCGACGACAGGGCGGGGCCAGCCUGUCGCCCUGCAGAGCUGCCCUUCUGCUCGCUGGACACGGAGCUGGGCCUCUCUCUCCGCGCGCUGGAGGCCCGGCAGCUGGAGGGCCUCCGCGCCGUGUACGCCCGGCUGCACGCCCGGCUCCUGGGGGGCCUCCCGGGCCCCUGCCGCCCCGGCCACCGCUUCCGCCUCCUGGACAGCUCGCCCUGCGUGGAGAACUGGGACGCCCUCCACCACCGCCUGGUGCGGAGGGACAAGGAGGCGUGGCACCUCCUGGCUUCGAAGGUGCCCAAGCCAGGAGCUGACGAGCCCCACCCGUGUGGGCUAGGGCCGCAGGCCUCGCUGGCCCCGCAUUUCAACCACCAGGAGCUGUGUGGUCUGGCGCCCGAGGGCGCACUUCCCGAGACGCCCUGGAGCAGCCCCCUGGCGCUGGCGGCGGAGCUCACGGUGGUCCAGUGGCCUGUGGAGACAGGCGCGCAGCCGCCCGAGGAGUUCGAGGCCGUGCCCCUGCUGCUCCUGCAGCCCUGGAGCGCCCGGAGGGAGGCGCGGGCUGUGGCCGUGGCCGAGCUGCGGCCCAAGAACCUGAUGCUGGCGGCACUGCGGGGCUGCUUAGCCGCCAGGCCCCAGCGCCUGCUGCUGGCGGACUUCGGCCGCGGCCCCCCGGGCCCCCCGGCCGCCCACGCGCGGCAGCUGGGCAGCCCACUCCGAGAGCUGCUUGGCCCGGGCGCAACCUUGGCCACGUCCUUGGCCGUGGGCCUGCAGCACCUGGCGGCCCAGCUGGCCCGCGCGCAGCCCUCGGAGGCCGGGACUCGCGGCGCGGUGCUGCUCUGGGCGCCCGGGGCCGAGCUGCGCGGCCGCGGAGCCCCGCUGGGGUCCUGGCUGCGGAUGCGCCGCGCGCUGCUGGUCCUGCACCUAGCCGAGCGGGCCGUUGGUGGGGAGGUGCCCAGCCUGGAAGACUGGCUGUGCUGUGAAUACCUGGCCAAGGCCACCGAGGACUCCUUGUACCUCGCCCUGGAGCUGCUGUGUAACUGAUCCUUCCCGUGAGCAAUGCACCUGUUCCAGGGCCUCUCUAGGAGGCAGGUCCCCCUUCCCAGGGCUGGGGCUGGUGAUAGGGUGGACGCCCCCUUCCAGCAGGAACCAGGAGGCCAGCAGAGGAUGCAGCUGAGAACUUGGGCCCAAGGCCCCCUAAGAAUUCAGGUGCCCCCCUUCCAGGGCUGGGGGCUAAUGGCCAGUGCCUGCUGAGGCUUUCUGAUGCCAGAGAUGCCCACCCCUCUUCCAGGUGUGGAAUCCCCGACAGCUAAUGUCUCUCCCAGUGGGUAGAACUGCUCCCACCGCCUUCCAGCAGAAGCCAGGAUGCCCUUCUAAUGCUGGGGUCUGAUGGCCACUGUCUCCAUGACAGUGUGGACACUCCUCCGAAUGGUGGCAUCAGAGGCAUUCCUGGCCCUGGAACACCCCCUUGUGCUGUGAACGACCUUGUCAAGAACUGCUUGGGGCCUCCAGGAGGAGGGAGGCUCCCUGGAACCUGAGACAGCCAGCCCACCCCAGUGGGGUCUGGGCUCACCUGCCCAAACGUGCCCAUGCCCUGCACCCCCUACUCCCUCCACCCACCGUGGCCUCCUUGUUGUUCCUCUGUGGCACUAAAUUCCGUCCAGCCACCAAGUCUUUGCAUGGCCUGUUCCCUCUGCCAGACUGUCCAAAUCUCACUCACCUUUUCUAAGCAAAUAAAGUUGCCUCUCCUGGGCCCUCUCUAGCUCCGCGCCCUGCCUUCCCCGAGCACUUG